CGUCCGCGUCAAAGCGGUCCUGUAGUGCGUUACAACCACCACGUUUGCGCAUCCGCUGGAAUAAUAUAAUACUUGAGCGUAAGUAUAUAUCAUCAAAAUAUUAUACGCUUUACAAGCGUAUACGACAAUAAAAUUGUGGAAAUCGUGACGAAAUACUGGCUAUACUAAUACACACUGUGGACCGCGAUCUGUCGUAGUAUUUAUCAAAAAUUAUUAUUUUGCUGUCUGUCACAGCAGUCGUGUGUAUUUUCGUCGUCGUCGUCCGACCGGAAACAUCGACGGCCUCACAAAAAUCAACGAAACAGUAAUGUUUGGGGUCAUACAGAGGUAUGCCUCAUGGUUGCCCGUGGAUGGUACCACUAUUUAGAUGGGCCUUGUUAUCUGGAUGCGUAGCCAGACCGCUGAGUCCCGAUACCAAAAUGUCCGAAGUUUUCACACAAAACAUGACAGAAGAAAAUUUAACUUGCUACACUUGCGUAAACGUAUCAGACAAUUUGACAUGCAACCAAUAUGCCAUUGAUAAACCAUGUGCUCGAGAUCUUGACUACUGCCAAACAUUGCACAUAAUGGAUUCGACUGGAACUAGUGUUAUUGUGAACAAAAAAUGUGCUAACCGAACAGAAUGUCAUCCGUCCACUGUCGGUUGUCUAAGCAUUGACAGGCAGACUGUGUGCGUAUCCUGCUGCGAUGACAUGUACUGCAACAUGACCGUGCCAACAAACCAAACGAAUGCAGUGGUAACGAUCACCCGCAAACAUCACACGAAUCCUACGAAAGGGCCGAAAACAAAAUCCGCUGGUGACAUACCAUGCACACAACUGACGUUCGCGUCAUAUUUAUUAUUGUUUCUUAUGUUAUUGACCACAAUUUUACAAUGCUAGAUCGUUAUAAGUUUAUAAAAAAAUAUUAUAUCUUAACCGUUACCUCAAUAAUUAUUAUAUUAUAUGUAGUUGAGUUUAGAUUUAGCUGUGAUAUAUGUAUAGGUUAUACACAAACACAAUGAAAACAAACUUCAAACUUGUGUAGUUAUUAAUCAUUUAAACUACGCUAAGUACACACUUGUGUAUAGCCAAUUCACAGUUGAACACCAACAGAUAAUACUCGUUGGAAACAUUACGACCUUAAAUGUAGGUGGGCAGAGCGAAAUAGGACGAUCAAAAAUACAUUAUUUGAGAACUAAAAGUAAUUUCUUGUUACUUGAAUAUCAAAGUUAAAUCGUUGUAAAAACUUUUUAGAGCUUGUAUUAAUAAAAGAAAUUAUAAAAAUAAUGGAUAGAUUACGCUGCACAAUAUAUCAAAGUACGGGUAAAUUGUUUUAUAAGAAAGGUUUGUAAGUCCCUUAGGAAACAAAGUAAUCAAUCGUUUUGACAUUAGUUAAAUUACCAUAUAAAUAUGCAAUACAAAAUAAAUUAAGAAGAGAUAUAUUUCAUUAAGUGUUUAUAAAAAAAAAAAAAAAUACUCAUAGAAACCCCAUCCAUAAUGCUUUAUUUUUCUCGCUCUGUCCAUACUUAUUCAAUAUGAACGAAAAAUGCAUCAUUUUAUUUACUUUUAAAAUUAAAAUAUUUUUAA